CGAUUAUUUACCACCGCAACCACUCUUUGCUUGCGCUUCGCCUUUUGGCUUCUCAUCAUUUUUUGGGCCUCAUGUUAUCCUUGGACGAUCGCUGUUAUCGAAGUUGUUUUAUUGGGUGCUUAUCCUACUCGUCUAGCGACAUCUGUCUCGCUGUGAUCAGCUGCGGUCGCAGCUUCCUUAUCCACCAUGUCGCAAGACACAGGAUUGUUCAGUAUCAAACGUCCCCGCGAGACGCUGGGCAGUGUGCAGAAUUACUCUUCCCUCCCCCAACCCUCAUACGCCCUAAAACGCACCAGUUCAAUCGGCGCAUUCCAAAAUCCCCCGUUUACUUCUCAGCAAUCCCGCUCAAUGUCUUUACUAAACUCUGUUGGCCGGCCGCAGCAGCCCAAUUUUCAACGCUCGUCCUCAGGAGGGUUUGGGGUCGAUCCCGGACUCUCAUCCGUCCGGCGCUCCGUCUCCAGCAAUGUCUUUCACGGGGCUAGCGCUGGGCGCCCAAGCUUCGCUCCAGGAUCGAUGUCCUCCAACCCAGCGUCUCAAAGCCUGCAGAGAAGGAGUAGUGUCUUCUCGCGGCCUUCCACCGGUGGUGCCAUGGGUCAUCAAUCAUUCUUCACACAAGUCCCUUCGGCCGCCGGUGUGCCCAGAGACCCACGACCCCUCCGGGAUAGGUCCUUCCAGGCACGUAUUGCACAGGAGCUUCUGGAAUAUCUCACGCACAACAAUUUUGAGUUAGAAAUGAAGCAUUCUCUUGGUCAAAACACUCUCAGAUCGCCGACUCAGAAGGACUUCAACUUCAUCUUUCAGUGGCUAUACCACCGGAUUGACCCUGGGUAUCGGUUCCAAAAGGCCAUGGAUGCGGAGGUACCGCCGAUUCUUAAGCAAUUACGCUACCCUUACGAAAAGGGUAUCACCAAAUCGCAAAUAGCCGCCGUCGGAGGUCAGAACUGGCCUACGUUCCUAGGGAUGCUUCAUUGGCUGAUGGAGCUGGCGCAAAUGAUGGAUAGAUAUGUAUUGGGAGAGUACGAUGAGGCCUGCGCAGAGAUGGGAGUGGACGUCUCAGGCGACCGCAUCAUCUUUCGCUUCCUGACAGGUGCCUACCAUGACUGGCUACAAGGCGGCGAAGACGAGGACGACGAAACUGCCGGGCAAAGAUUGGUCCCGCAUAUUGAACUCAUGGCUCAAGAAUUUGAAAGGGGCAACGAGAAGUACGUCCAAGAGAUGCAAGUAUUGGAAGCAGAGAACCGUGCCCUUCGCGAUCAAAUUGAGGAGUUGGAGAAAAAUGCACCCGAUAUGGCCAAGCUUGAUAAGCAGUUCAAGAUUCUGGAGGACGACAAGAGAAAGUUUGAGGACUAUAUUCAGAAUGUGCAAGGCAAAAUCGAAAAGUACGAAAGCCGCAUCAAUUUCCUGGAGGAAGAGAUCAAGAAGACGGAGUUGGAGCUACAAGCUGCUGAAGAAGAACGGGCUGGCCUUCAGGCCAGUGUUGACCAGCAAGGCCUCACAAUUCAAGAUAUUGACCGUAUGAACACCGAGCGAGACCGGCUUCAGAAAAGUCUUGAUGACACAGUAAUACGCCUUGAAGAAACCCAUGCACGGGUGAUGGCUAAGGAGGCCGAAGCGAGCAGAAAACUCGAAGACCUAGAGGAGCUCGUCAAGGCCUACAAUACGCUAGGAUACCAGACCAGCCUCAUCCCUCCCACCGCUGUGAAUGCCAACGGACAAGAUUUUGAGCUCAGUCUUAACGUGAAUGAACGCAGUUUCUCAGCGUCCCAGAUUGGGGGCAUUCCCAGCAGGAUCUCACCGGAAGCGGAUAGGCUCCUCGCCGAGCCGUUCACAGGAUAUCAUCCAGCACACCUGUUGAGCCUAGACCUGCGGGGUAUGGUUCGCAGCAAUCUACAAGCACUUCGCAAGGAUAUAAACGAACGCAGGAAGCGUGGGAUCGAUGACGACCUAGAGCGACGUAACCUGCUAGAUAAUAUUAAGGAGGCCAUGGAUGAGAAGCGAGGCGAGGUCGAGGCUCUGGAACAUAAGCGACGCACCGCAGAGGAAGAAUUUGAACGGCUCAAAGAGGUUACUACAACCCAGAAACUUGCCUCGGAUGCACAGAUUGAGAAGAUGGAAAAAGAACUGGCCAAAAUGCGAGCGACAAUGAGCGAAAGUGUCCAACUGAUGGAACAACGAGAAAUGAACACAAAUAUCGAGUAUGAACAACUCACACUUCGAGCUAAUGCUCUUCGAGAAGAACUGCACACCAACGUGGAAAGCAUGCUAAACGACGUUAUCCGAUUUAAGGUUCAUGUUCAGAAGGGCCUGGAGGACUACGAGAACUUUGUUGUGGAUGAAGUGGAACAGGAGCUAGGGGGUGAUAUGCAAACGACUGACGACGCGCAUCUUUCCGCGGAAGAGCUCUGAUGCUGAAGAGGAAACUACAGCCUUUCCCUCAUGCGAUUUUAUGCAUUGACGGAGUUUUGAACGCCGUUUAGGGUAGCACCAAGUGGCGAAGAGUCAUUUGACUCAAACACAAGCGAAUCCCGGAGCGUUUUCCCCUUUACAGACUUUAUUAGGCGGCCUAUCAGGGUCCUACUAGGUAUGCCUGAAAGGUGCCAUAAUUCUCAUACCCACCGAAAACUCAGUUCUUCUCGCUGUUGGCGACCUUCGCGGGUCGGGGUAUUGGCAUGUUGGUUCUCGUUUGGCGCUAUGCUACUGUUUUGAAAGCGGACAUUUUUAUCUGGUGGUGUUUCUGAGCCUUUUCUUGCCUUGUCUACUUAUGAAUACUUGCAUGGACAUAUGAGUACUGUUAUGUUGUUUUGGACAGUUUGAUACCAUUAUGAUUGGGUUUGUGAUGCUAUAUGAUAUCGUCCGAAUUGAUGUUUCUUAAAUCAAAUUAUCAAGUAGGGGCUUGUCCACAUGCUUAGCUUACCUAGCAAAGACGCUGAUGCCAGUGAACAUCUUCUUUGACUUGUCCAUCGUUAUUUACUCCGUCUUACCCCUCU